AUGUUGUUGGGCCGCGCCUAUUCCUCUUCGUUUCCAGGUGCCAUCGGUGAGCCGCGCCUCGACAUGCCGUUCGCGCGCACGGGGUCGCAAGACGACUUGUCGCAUGAUAGUUACGAAGUUAUCGAGCGCUCCGACGACGAGUCGGAGACGCGCCGCUACGCGCGCAUCCAGGCGGUGGGGCGGCGCAGCGUGCUACACACGCGCUCGUGCUCGUUGGACUCAGGUAACGACCUCCCCUCCGACGACGAUCGCUCCUUGUCGCAUCUCUCAGAGAGCGACGACCACGAAGGAGCACCCGAUGAAGUCGUCUGCCACUACCGCAGUAGCAAUGACAUCCCACUUGAUCCGUUACUUGUGGAUGAUCCGCGAGUCCUGCCUCGAGAAAAGCUCUCGGUACGUUCUGAUGGCAAUUUCUACAAAGAAAUUAAACGAGCACUUGGCUCGCGAACGUCUAGCCAAGAGUCGAAGAGUGACAUUUACGAUUCAAAAAUAUCUAAAAGUAGAGCCGAAUCUAGCAAAAAGUCGCGGGACAGCGUUUAUCACACAGACAGUAAGAAAUCUAGGGAGACUCUUAAAAGCAAAAGUUCUGAUAGAUCAGGAUCUCGAACUUCCAGUCAAGACUCGAAGUCAGAUUAUUACGAUUGUAAAAAGAAUUUGUAUGAACCUGAUGAAAUUAGUAUGAGACGACGUAGUAUUACUAGUAUACAAAACGCUUACAUAGACCCAUUCGAACCCAUAUCUCCAUCAUCUAGUCCAGAUUCCACAAAAGAUUUCUUUGACACUCAAGCGACUUUCAUAAGUAUGGAAAAGCCAGAGUAUCGAGAGAAAACCCUAUUCGAUAAGUCUCAUGAAGACUUAAUCGCUAAUCUGGCUAAUUCUCCUAAUUAUUAUCUAUCUACUCCCUAUUCCACUUUUCCAAGCAAUAGUAAACAUGUCAAAGAACCAAGUCCAAUGCAUUCUGCUAGCUUACAACAUGUAGAAUUAGAUCAAUUUUCUGGUCAGUUUGAAUCCGAUUCGAGUCCUCCUAAAAAGAUAGACGAGUUGUCAACCGAGGAAGAAGACAUUCACCCUCAAACCACGCAUAUUUGGCCCGAAAAGAUUGUUGGUCUUGAUACUGAAAUUGAUACUAGGGCAGCUAAAAUACAUAGUUACCAACGCCGUCGUUCUUCUGAUACUGUUUUCAGUUUUGAUAAAGAAAAAAUUGAAUCAUUAACGAGGUCAAUCAGUAAAGAGAAUGCGGCAUCACAUCUCGUGAAAGAGUCGUCGAAUGAAUCUGAUGUAAAUGUGAGAGUUUUGCCCGCAAUGGACAGCAUUGAAUAUGCUAAAAAUAAAGCCAAACAAGCCGCUAUCCAGUCAGGCACGGUUUCGAUUUUACAGUCAGAAUUCGAUAAACGUGGUGGCAAAGUCCACACUCAUAUUGUCAGAAAAGAGAAUCUGAAGGAAGAAUUAAUGGCAAAAACCCACUUUGACGAAUAUAACCCAAAACUGAUUUUAGAGACGAGAUCAAGUAGCCGCCUGGCUGAUAAUACGGUCCCUUAUACCCACCCGACUGUCGAACGAACUAAGAGUGAUCCAAAUAGUUUGGCAAAUAGGCCUCGCUUUAGCAGCGUCAAUUCACGUAGACAUGUGUUAAUGCAUCAGAAAUCGAUUGAUUUAACUCCAGCGGAGUCCAGUGACGAGGACUACAUAUUCCGGCAAAUACCGAGUGCUCCACCAAUCGCAACCAAACGUUCGCACUUUGAACUUCCAUCUCGACUACCCGAACAUAUACGUCCUCCCUUUGACUUGCCUAAAAACUAUUUCAAAGAGUUUGAUGCAUUUAAAGCUGGUUUUAAAGAUAACAAGAAAGUAGUUGACGAUGGAUAUGACAUACCAUACGUGUUACAUAAACGACAUGUAAUGAAUGGCACAGCGCCUUCUCCUCACGAAGAUCAGCGGCCUCCACCGGAUAUAGUUAUGCUUCCACCUCAAAACGGCCGCCAUGUUGUCAGUGCCCACCCUAGGUGUAAGUACCACGAUCAUCCAAAAUCGCCACGUUCGCCCAAAUCUCCAAAAUCGCCCAAAUCGCCAAAGUCUCCUAAAUCGCCAAAAUCACCAAAAUCACCGAAAUCGCCUAAGUCUCCGAAAUCGCCACGAAAUAGUAUACAAGUGGAGCAUACGUCCAAGUUCCUGGAAGUUGAAAAUCGUGACUUCUUGUUCACACAAAAUAUUGAUCUGUCUAAAGUAGACCCAGUGACAUUAGAAGUAGAUAAAAGUGGCCAAUUACAACAUUUGCCAAGUCCUAAGAGGGAUAUUACCAAAAACUUGGAUCCUGUUCUGCUCGAGACACUUAAUUCUAAGCUAAGUCAGAUAGAGAGUGAUUCAGCAACAAGCUCUAAGACUGAAAGCAUUAGACAGGAGCCUAUAUACCCUUGUGACAUAAAGUUCACGAUCAACGGCCGCAAUGUAUCGCAACCACCUAUUUGUAAGGACCCAAAGCCUUUGACAGCAGCUGAAAAAUUACGGGCAGAUAUUAAAUCGAAAUCGGAAAAACUUCCACCAAAACGUGGUCAAAAAGCCAGAGGCACUGGGAAGAAAGGAACUGGAAGUAAAAUAAAAGGGAAAAGUAAUAAUAAGAUCCGAAUAACUUCAUUUUCAUCUGAUGAUGAAAGCGUUGAUUCUGAUGAUGUUUUCGGUACGACUGAAGCGGCUCCCAAACUCGAGUUUUCACCACCACAAUCUCGUAAAGACUUAGAACCUAUUCUGCAAUUGGAAUAUGAUAAAAUCACUUCAGGAGCUUGGCACAGAGGUCAGACUAUGAGCUCAACGGAAAUUGAAGGCUCACCGCCUCAAUGCAGAAAGUUGGCGGAGUUGGAAGCGAAAUACAACCCUCAAGUUCUUGACAAUAUGAGUGGUAACGCUACAGAAUUACGUAGAAUUUCAGAACGCUCUAUUUCAAUUCCCAGUUCUGAAGACGACGUUGCUAUAAAAUUUACAGAAGUGAAACAGUCGAGUAAAGAGAGUUCACCGUGGGAGUACAACGAAAACAUUCCCUCACCGAUAUUAGAAAGUACUGAAUUUCUCAAAUCUGAUGAUGAACACUUAGCUGAUAUGGAAAUUCAGAAAGUGACAGGAAUUCAGUCUGAUGAUAAACCUGAUGUUAAAGAUGAUAAAAAAGAUUCCAAUAAAUUAGAUGUAAAGAAAAGUCUAAGAGAUGAAUUAAUAUCACCAAUGUUACGUAAACCUGGUGGGACUCCAAUAUUGUUUGCUCAUGCUCGAUUAAAUCUGUCUGAAGGUUCAGUAUUUUCUCUUCAGCGUCAAAAAGCGACGCAAGACUCACCAACAGCGAGCCGCAGAGCUAAAAGUUUGGACACACCAGUUAUUCAAUUACAUCGACUACCGCCAAUGAAUGCGUUCUCAUCAAAAGACGAUACGGUUGAAGACAUUAACGAAGAAGGUGAAAUAUUGGAAGAGAAACCAUUGAUCGACGAUAAAGGUAAACCUAUAGCUAUAAAGAAAGAAACUAUUGACAAAAUCGAAGAGGUUGAAGAAGAACAACAUGCAGAGCCUGAGGAACUGAAGUCUGUUGUUAUAGAUAAUGAAGAAUUGCAGUUGUUGGAAGACUUGGUUGAACAACGACGCCCACGUUCGUUUAAACGCAGAUAUGAUUUGUCAAAAAUAAAAUCUCAAGCUGCGCGCUCUCCAAUAAGCAGAUCGCCACUAUCGCGUUCACCGAUUUCGAAGUCACCAUCACGAUCACCCACCUCUUCUUUAAAUUCACCUAGAGGCAGUAUCAGGAAGUUAUCAGACUUGAGUGAAGAUCAAAUAGUACCAGAUAUUGAGAGAAUCAAACGUAAGGAGAAAAAGAAGUUAACAUUGAAGCCGAAACCUGAUGAGAAACAGAAGAUAAGUAAUAAACUCAACAAAGGAGGUUCUCUAGACACGAAUGCUACUAAAGUAAAAGCGCUUCAAACUCAAAAGUCACUGCCAUCUUCUCUAAAGGAGCGACCAGAUUUCUUAACUGUGCCUCCACUUGAUAUGGCCCGGGCUAAGAGCCAGGAAUUAGAACAAUCAGCUAAGAAAAUAGCUAAAGAAAAAUCCAAGUCAUUAGAGAAGAUGGAUAUUAAACGUGGCAAUAGCAAGGAAAGAACCAAAUCCCAAGAAGACAGUGAUACAGAAAUCGCUAAACGUAAAGAGAAACAGCAGAUGUUGUUUGAAGCAGCCUUGAAGCAAACUAAGACUUUAAUUAGUCCGGUUAAAGACACCAUGCCGCCAUUCCCACCGCCAGAAGAUAAGAUCGUUGUCAAAACUGAAGGCGACAAAAUAAUCAUUGAGACUAAGAUCAACAGCAAGGCCGAAGAUCAUGUAUUUAUAGCCAAAUCUCCUAAGAAGUUAGAUAACAAACUUACUGGGAAAAUAAGUCGUAGCUUCGAAGAUCAGAAAACUGCUAAAACUCCAAGCAAAUUGAAUAAGAGCAUGGAUGAUAAAUCUAGUCCAUCAUUGGAAGAUAAAUUUGACGAUCUUGCUGCUUUACAGAAGUCACCAAAGACACUGUCUAAAAAGCAGGAAAUAAAGCAACAGAUCGAAGGCAAAGUUGUGUAACAAAAGAUAAGUCCUGGAGCUAAAUCUAAGAGUUUGGACAGAAAAGUGGAAGCUCAUUUGGACUCUCAAGCGAAAUCGAAGAGUUUAGAUCGAAAUUACGUAACACCUGCAUCAAUGUUACCAGAGAAUGAAAAGCACUUCAAGCAAGAAGUCGUGAAAGUAGAUGUUCAUCCGACAGUUGUAGAAGAACCAGAAAUAUUGCCAAAAGAGGUUGAAGAGAAAGAGGUAAAAGAGACAUCACCAUCGAACAGCUAUAAAGAAAAGACUGAAGAUGAUUCUUCAAUGGAAUGGAUGACUAGCUCACAACAUACGAUCAUUGAGAACGACACACAAACCGUUAUUAUGGAACGUCGUAAGAUGGAUAUUUACAACAAACAGAGGCAGACUGAAUUACAAGAAAGUAGGAGUAAUCAAGAUGUUCAUUCAUUAGUAACUGCAGAACGUAAAGCAGAAGUUACUCGUUUGACUAGCGAAGAAGAAUCUCUUACUGAAGUUAGCGAUUUGAAGGUGUCUGAUGAAAGUCACAUGCUUGGAAUAUCUUUGCCUUACAUUGAUGCUGACAGUUCGUCAGAUCAAGAUCAGAAGAAAACUAAACUUCCUCGCGGUAUGAGCGAUGAUUCUGGAUCUUGGAUUACGGUUGACUACGAAGAAACAACUUUAGAUACUGAGUUACCGCUUUCUGAUGCUAGUAGUAAAACUCGUGGCAGAAGGACCUUAGAUCCACAAGGCACGUUUGACGAAUCAUCAGCUAGCUUGAUGGAGUUCUUAAAACAGGAAUCCAUGUCACAAGUUAUGUCAGACAGUGAAACUGAACGUGGUGGUAAAAUGGGCCGCGAGCCGCCCAAGACCAUAGACUUGUCAAUGAAAUGGAAAAAUAAGAAUAAGAUAAUCGUGACGCCUCCACAAGAAAACAGUCCUACGAUUGAGAAUAUACCAUUUAUUGAUUCCAGUACUUCGAAGUCAAAUAAAUCUGAAGGGGAACACACCGGUAGCUCUGGCAGUGAUAAGUCUCCUACAGAACAGAAACCUGAUCAACGAACAUUGUUGACAGCUAAGUCAAGACGUAGUGAACUCUUGAAAUUAAGUGCAGAGCGUUCUCGAAGUUCCGAAUCUACUUCUUGGACCAGCAUUGAGAAAGACGUUAGUCCAUCAAGUCAUAUUAAGGGCAGCUCUAUUGACGACGAAUCGAGUGUCAGUUGUUCUAUUGCAAGGCCUCUAGGAAUUUCGCAGGACAUCGAAAAGUUGAACAAAAAGGAUCGAGAAUGCUUAGAAGAGCUGAAACAGGCGAUGGAAUAUGGAGAAGAACAUUUGCUGUCCCAACAUACGCUAUCUAGCGACCACUCUAAGUCUAAUUCUAAAUCGCCUUCACCAAUUCCGGAAAUUACUCGUAUUGAGAGUCCGAGGAGUCCAUCAAAGUACGGUACAAGGAAGUCACCUACCCCGACUUUAGAAAAGCAAGGCCAAGUGGAUUCACAGAAAGCACCUACAGACUCUGAUUCAAGCUCAGAAAGUAUUGACAGAACUGUGGAACAAUUGUCACGGCCGAAUAUUAAAAAGAGUGGCCUAGAUAAAAUAGGCAAAGCUGUUAUAGAGGAAUCAGAAUCUAGUCAAUCAGCUGCCUCCAAAGUUUCUGAUGCAGCUAAAGAAUUACAAAAAACGGUCAAGAAAACUAAAAUUGCCAUCACUAUUUCACAAGAAGAUCAAAACACUACUAUUGAUUUUGAUGACGAUGGAAAUGUUAUAACGUCAUCUUUCGAGAGAGGAGAUAUCAUGAAAAAGAGGGCUCUUAAAGACCACGAUCAAAAAAGUUCAUCGAAAUCAAGUGUUGAUACCACAACAACAACUACUCCUUCUAAGGGAUCACUCAGUGUCGAUGACUCCUCAUCUAGGAGAAAGGGUCGUCUUCUUGAUGAUCAGAAAAGUUCAUCUAAAUCAAGUAUGGAUUCUAGAGGAUCUCUUAGUGUUGAAUCACGUGGGUCAUUUGAAACAACUGAAUCAACUUCUGGAUCUCUCGGUGAAGCUUAUCGCCGAGGUGAAGAAUUGAAGCCCACGUGGAGACCCUUCUUUGGUGCUUCUGGUAGCGAAAAUAGCACGAGCAUUGAAGAAGCUUGGAUCCCACAAGAUCAUGAGGGUUAUGAGAAUCUGGCGAUUAAUAAGGAUGUUUUCGAAUAUAACAACCAAAGGAUGCUUGACGAAUUCCAAACAUUCUCGAAAAAUCCACCAUUGUCUGCUAACACGUCUAAAGAUUCUACGGAUGCUGACUUUACAGAUGAUUUGAAUGAUUUCCCAGUCAAUUUCUUGUAUCCUGCUACUUCGUCUAGUAAUACUUCGGAUGUCGUAAUAGGCUAUGGACAAACAUUUGGUCGAACUUUGUCACGCAUAUCAGAACGCAGCACGGCGUCCGAAAAAACUAGUGCGGAUGAAGAUUCUACCAAAGCUUGUUCUCGAUCUGAAAGUAUAAACGAAGAAUCUCUUAAUUCUAGUGAUCAUCAAGCUAGUCUUAGCUCUGAUCCGCCUAGUAAUGCGAAUGUUGCCUACAUAUCAGACGCAGACAGACGUACGUCAGCAGAGAUGCCCGACAUACCGAUAGACCAAACUAAAAUUAGUGAGAUGUACGAAUCGAAGCGAGAUGUCGAGAAAGCUAGUCGGGCUUUUGACGCCUUGGAAUCUAAGAGGUCUAAUGGUAGUCCGUGUAAGCCAGGGUCGGUUACACCCAAGGCACCAUCGAAAGCAUCUUCUGCCAGCGAGAGUCAAGAGUCUGAAGAUUGGCCUUUGCCUGAGCUACCACCACAAGCGGCGAGCAGACCUGCACAUUUGGAUGAAGUUGGUAGAAAAGAAUCGAGCGACUUUGACCAGUGGCCUUCUCUUCCUUCAAGCUUAUUAGAGACGCCUAUUAUAGAGAAAGUUCACAUCUACUACAUGAGUAACGAGCCAGAACAGCCCACUAAAGUAACUUUGCAGUCGGAAAGUUCAAAAGAUCAAUUGGCGGGAUCAGACGACGAUAGCGAUACCUUGAAUAAUGACGAAGAUUUGGAAAAAGAUAUUCCCGAGUCAAAAUCGGAGAAGUCUGCAGAAAUAAGUGAAGAUAUUUCACCUAAAAACAUCAAGCCGAUUCCUUACGAGCAAUCGGGCUACAUGGUGGAGCCUUUAGAGAAGCAAGAUGAAUACACUUGUCAUAAAAGCGUGGUGCCUAAGUACGAUAAAUCGUGCCUUAGUGGAACGAUUAGUAAGGCGACUUGCCUUAUGGGCGAUGUGGGUUCGUGUUGUUCACGAGCUGAACAUAAAUCUUUCAAUAUAAAAAGCAAUUUGGAAGAAAAGGUUAUAAUAAGCCAGCCACAGAAGUCGCCUACUAAUCACAGACCGAUUUUCGAGGACGAUCACUUGUACGCUGAUGAUGUAUUAGGAGGAGAAAGUAAAUCUCUAUCUCCAGAUUUCGAUAAAGGAUUUUCUCAGCUUGGUACACAAAAAUAUUCAUUCGGUUCGAACAAUUCAGAUACGUCUAUAGAUGAUCUGUUGUCACAGACUAAUGCUGAGGACACUGUUCGUGCUGUAACGAAAUUAAGUACUGGAAGUGCUGGUACUUGUAAGAGGUGCAGUCAUAGCAGCCAUUCAGAAGAAGAAACUAGUUCAUUUGGAACUGACUUGGAUGGAACAGUUAAAAUUGGACUGCCUCAAAAGAAGUGCACUCACAGCUCGCAUUCAGAGGACACUUCCAUCUGUCUAAGUAUUUCUGAAUGGUCUACUGGUACUAACACAGUACGCCAGUAUGCAAAUUUAUCGGCUUCUGAAAGUAUUUCAGCCGUUUCGGUGCCUAAGAGUGACAAGUCUGAUAAAGCUUCUAAAGUGUAUUCGUCAUCACAUGGGAGUAAAAAAAGUGAACAGAAAUUGAAACUGGGGUCUCAAGCAGAGAUGAGUUCAAAAAGCAGCAGUUUAGAUAAGAGCUCUGACAACAUUAAAUAUGAUAAAUUAUGCAGUUCAGACACAACAAUUUCUAGGAAGGGAAUGGAUAGUAGCUCAGGUACCAAGAGUGACAGUACUCUGACAUUAGCUCAGUCAAUAUCAGACUGGUCUGCUAGUACCAGUCACACACUUGUUGCUACAGCUCGGGAUGACCAAGCUGAAGCAGACAACACUAAAUCUGAUGACACCAUUGUCAGAGAUCCUGGAAAUGCUGAAGAAAAACCUGACACGGAAAUUAUUAUAACCAAAGUAUUGUCUCCAACAAAGGAAAUCGAGGAAGCAAAAGAACCAGUACUAAGACUGACUGCAUCAUAUACCGGCAAAACUGAUAAAUCAUCUUCAAUAAGCUACAGCGAUAAAUCAGACAAGUCAAGAUCCAGCUCACUAAGUAGCCUGCAGAAACAUGCUAAUGGAGUUCUGAGAUUUGAUCACCGACAAAGUUUUCCUGUACAAGAUGAGACUCACGAGCGCUACCCAAAGGUACCAUCAAAAAGUAUGAGCUAUGAAGAACAGACGCACAGGUAUUCAAAGACUACCAAGCGAUGCCAGAGUGAAGACAGUGGCUUCAAACCGUACUUUGUAAGUGAACAGCCAGAACUUGACAUAGACAUGCCAUCACAACUGUACAGUCAGGAGGAAAAACAUAGCGAACGUUAUCAGAGUCAAGAAUUUUCCAACAUAAUUCGAGAAGAAGGGACAAGCAGUAAAUUCAUACGGUCGGAUUACAAACCGUUGGCUAAACAAGCGAGUUACGAUGAUAAGACGUUGUCUAAGAAUCAGAUUAAAGAAUAUAAAACGUCUCAACAAUAUCGUAGCAAGCCUAAGAGCUGGUCUUUCCAUGAACAUUAUCUUGCUUCCUCUGAACUACCAAUAAUCGCAGUUCCCGAAAUACCUUCCGUGCAUAGGGAACUUUCAGAGAAAAGAUCGGCUGAACGGUCAGGGAAAACUCCUUUAUCUCGCUGUUCACCUUAUUAUUCUAGCAGUCUGAGCUCAGAAUCUCCUCCGAUACAGCCAUUGAAGGCGCCUGUCAAAAAGUCACUACUCGUUCGUAAUAUUUCUUUAAAGAGUCCUCCGAGUGGCAACGACACGGAUAGCUCAUUGGAUGUGAUACGUGAUCCUCGGGAGAGAAUGAAGACUUUCCGCCGAAAGAAACAAGUCACAAGUGCACGUAAGAGGCAGGAGAGGAUCCAAGAUGUGCUGGAGGAAGAUUCGACGAAGAGUCAAUAUUCUUCAGAAAGCGAUAUGCUUGGUGCCAAGUACCUGGCCGUGGAAGAAUCUUUACGCCGUAUGGAGAGCUCGGAGUGCUCUGACAGCUAUGUGCCUGAAGUAGAAUCUGGUUCCUCAGAAAUGUCGAAAGGUGAUUCUAAGCAUUACGACGUUCAGGAAGCUAGUUAUUCUGAGGAUGAGGGACAAGAUGAAUACGAAAAGUAUAAGAGUGCAAAUUAUGAAGCACAGCAAUUCCCGAUAAAUAUUGCUCCAAUGCAAUUUCAGGGCUUUGGAUCUUCGGCCGACGAGGAUGAAAUGGGAUUCCCACGGUUCGAUAGACUUGGUCGUUUGCGGCAUCCAUAUCUCGAUUCUCAGGAGCCUCCUUAUGUAUCAGAGGACAGCCCUCCUAGAGUUUCAUACUCGAACAAGAGCAGCCGCCAAUCCUCUUUGAAGAAGUCAAAGUCUACGACAGUCUAUCGCCAGGCUGAUGAUCCAUCUUUAGGCGAGCCAUCUGGUCAGCAUCAACAGAUAGUGUUCUACGAAGAACAAAGUGACCGAGAUGACUCCGACGACUACGCUUACCCAAUUGAUACUAUAAAACGCGCUCCCAAAAUGUCAAAAUCUGGCAGUUACUUAUUUGAGCGCGGAGAGUCGGUAGCGUACUCCGACACGGAGCUGCCUCAUGAUAAAGAUGAAUAUGAGGAGUACAGAGGCAGCCCGUAUCCGGAACAUUACGAAGAGGUAGUGAUGUUCCAGACGCAGGAAUGUUACCCGCAGUACGAGCACGAUCUCGACGAGAGUAGGGAUGCCAAUCAGGAACAUUACGCUCGAGAUCUCGACCAACGUUUCAGUCUGAAUAAUGUAGAGAGGUUCUAUUCUAGUCACUACGUCGACUCACAAGCUUCUAGCGACAGUCCCGAGCAAAAGUUCGACGUCUCCACGUUGCCCCCGCCUCUUUGCUCUGAUGACGAAAAUGAUUAA